AUGCCUCCGAUAUCCUCGCAGCGACGCGCCUCAACCGAAGAGAAUUCGUCCCUCUCUGACGAUGAUGUCGGAUUCCUUUACCAAGUUGUCAUUCGCGCCGAGAGCCACCCCGAGGUUCAACAGCUUCCAUUCCGAGCCCUGUUCGCGGCAUAUGACGAGGUUAUUCUCGAACAUGGCGUCAAUGCCGAUCCGGGCCAUACAUGCCUGCGAUUCCUGUUCAAGAUGGGAAAUAAAGAUGCGCUAGGGACGACACUCUUCGACAAGUUCGAGAAUACACUCCAACGAAUGGGAAUCGUGAUUGAACUGGGAGACGACGCCUCUACGGGAAUCAACGAGACAUUUGAAACUGGGCAAUACUCAUUUGAGGGCACACGCAGCCAGGCCGACGAGGACAGUCACAUUCCUAAGACGAAUGGAGUUCCUAUCACGCCUAGGAGACGCGCUUCAUUUAAUACAACGGUAGAUAUUGGCGAGGAUGUGACCCAGAGAAGCUUCAUUGAGCGCCCGAGCUCUCGUUCCUCCAUGUCACGACUUCAAACUGGGAAGCCCGAAUUCGCUACACCCAGACUGUCGCCGAAACCUAAAAUUCAAAAUCACCUAAACAGGUCACCAGAUCGCACGGAUUUGAUUGCUCAAUUCUUAGAAAUUGGCAGAGGUCUGAUUAGUCGAUUUGAUAAUGCGCAGAACAAGAAGGUGGAAAGAGAAGACCCACCGCUGACCAACGGAGUAGUGGCGCGUUCAGCUGUCAACCAUGACCGCUCUAAGAGAAUUGCAGCGGCUUCGAAACUUCAACGGUCAUCCUCCCUAAGCUCAGCAGACAGCUUCCAAUCGGAUGAGUCCAAAUCUGCUGUCUCACAGACCACUGAGCACGAUGCUUUCCUGAAAGAAGAAGCUCCGCCUGAGCUUCUGUAUCGCCCCCAGCUUUCAGAUCUACUCCGGGACGCGUCUACUUUCAAUAUGUAUCGCCAGCGGGCUAUAUGCCGUCGGAUCCUCCCACAAUGGUUCAGAGGGGCGUUGAAGACACGCCAAAUUCGUGAAAAGAGGGAAACCAUUGCGAUAAACCAUGAUCGAAACACUCUGCUUCGGCAAGCAUUUGAGCCAUGGCGCGCUAUCAUUCAAGAUAAACGCCACACAGCCAGAACUGAACGUUUCUUCAAACAUCUAGAUGAACGCGCUAAUAGAGCCCGUGAUCUUUACCUAAUGACAAAGGCUUUCACGCAUUGGGCUCAGCUUACAUCUGAAGAAGUCGCCCGGACAUCGACAGCCCGACAGCAUGUCUUGAGUAUCAAAUAUUUCAAUGCCUGGCGUGAGAUAACUGCAGUCAACGAACUCAAGGCUCAGCGCUUCGCAUUGCGGAAACCUUUCAAUAGGUGGCGGAAGAAAAUAACCGACCUCAAGGCAGCGGAAGCCCAGGCUGUAACAACGCACAACGACAAUCUCCGACAUACUUCUUAUUGGCAAUGGUUUUGGGGCUUUUGCGAUCGCCGAGCUCCUGAAUGGUAUGACAAUCGCCUUAAACGGCGCUCGCUCCUUUACUGGCUUCGCAACUUUCGGACCAAUCGAGAACGAGACCACGAAAUCGACGUUCAUAACAGACGCACUGCGCUAGCAUCUGUUUUGCAAGAAUGGUCUCAAAGGUCUAGAAUUAUGGCUUCGGCACAUCAACAAGCUGAAAGCAUCCAACGCCGAGAGGCUCUUAGAGAAAAGUUCGAUGAAUGGAGGAUACAAUCCCAAUUAGCUCCUGCUGCUUCCAGGGUCUGCAACAUGGUAGACACUAGGAUUCUUCGAAAUGCCCUUUCGCGGUGGGUUUCAAAAGCCCGAAUGGUUGAGCAGGCGGAGGAUAUGGACCAAUACCGACUCCAGCGUAAUUCAUGGACAGCCUGGAACGAUACAUUGCGUUGCCUUGCACUUCAGGCUCGAAUCGACGAGCGAUUGAAAAUGGAAGCCAUCUACAAGUGGAUUUUGAUGGAGAGAUACCGACUCAUGCGCAGGAUACAUGAACAACGUAUCAAGCGCGAGAUUUUCUCUCGCUUUGUGACGAAUACGAGAGAUACAUACACACGACUAUUAUUCCAUGCAGAAAGUCACGAAGAUAGUCGGGCCGAGGAUUUGGUAAGGUCUAAGUUUGCGGUAUGGCGAGAUCAACUGUCGAUCCAACGCGAGCGGGAAUAUGCAGCUUUUGAGUUCUAUGCACCACGCCUGGCACAGGAGUCUCUUAUGGCUUGGAGAUCGAAGCAUCAGCAGAUCGUCCAAAUGGAAGGCUGGGCUUCUGACGCGGAAUUCUACUUUUUGAUGAAACGAUCCAUGAAACGUUGGCACCAAGCGACAUUGGAGUCCUCUAAAAACCGACGGAAGGACGCAUAUGCUAAAAUCAGACGAAAGAUAAAGGUCAAUAUAGCGUCCAAGGCAUUGUCAACUUGGUCAUCUAAGACACGGGCUGUCGUGGAUUUGGAGGAACAAGCCGAAGACGUCAGCAGAACGAAGCUACUGGGCGUUGUGUCUGUGAUAUUCCGAGGAUGGCAUGGCCAAAUGAUCAAGAGAUUCUCAGACUACCAGGCAGCGGAUAGGCACUAUUUUAAUCAAAUUGCCUUUGAUCAGCUCAUACAGAUGUCAGAGACAUUUGUGAUUCGUCGUGAGAUGGAGGACCAAGCGGACUCGGUAUACCGGUCUCACAUCCUGCGCCAGGCGGGUUCGGCUUUCCGCAAACUCAGCCUCCGCAUCUUCCAAAUGAGAAGCACGGUUGAAACAGCGGAAGCAAUGCGAGAAAGAAACCUUCGAAAGCAUUCGCGAGCCCUAUUCCGUGACUGGGUGGAUGAAGCUCGCAUCAAAUUGGAGGCUCGCGACUCGGCAGGCCCUGCCUUAACGCCUGCGCGAUAUCCAAGCUUCGAAGGAGGUAGUCGCCCUGGGUCUGCUCUAUUUGAUCCAUGGUAUCAGAAUCCAUCAGAAACGCCAUUCAAGAUGAGUGAUUUCACGGCAACCUCCCAGGAGCCAGUCUCUGCGGUCUCCGCAAGCCCAUUAGCUACGCCCAGCUAUCUGACAUCGCCAUCCAAACGCGCGGCUCGGGCCCGAGCUCUUGCCCAGAUGUCCACCACCCCAGCUACACCGCUCCAUACACCCUUCGCCAGUCGACUCCUCCGCGCUUCGAAUUCCGCCGCCCAAACAGCUUCAUCUUUUCGUCCCCGUACCGGCCGCCGAACCUCGAUUGGAACCAGUGUUCGGUUUGUAGACGAAGAACUACCCGAAUCCCCGACGGAUGGCCGCAGAUCCGCAAAUCGACGACCUUAA